UUGAAACCACCAACACGGUGUACAGACACCACGAACGACCGUGGAAUCUUGUUGAAGUCUUAUCCAGGAGUUCGUCUCACCCUCCGCAUCGAGGUCCUCGUGGGGGCGAGUCGCCACGCCUCCCCCGCGUCUAUAUAAGCUAUCGGACCGACGUGGAAACCUCACUUGCACCCCGGCCACGGUCAAGAAAGGGUAUACGCGACCCGUUCACGAGGAUUGUUCCGUUUUUCGAGCCAACAGACGAGACGUGUUCCGAUCUUUGGACCCCGGGCAUAGAGGAGAAGAGACAAGUCCACGAGUGAACAAGAGUCAUGAAGUCCUCCGUACUGUGGUUGAUCUGUUUCCUGGUCUUCCUUGCCGAUAGGACCCUCGGUGGCCCUUACUUCGACGAAGACGACGACGCAUUGCAGGUUGCAGACUCCGAUUAUGCAGACAACGCAUUGGAUAAUUUGAUACGAGCAGCUCAAGAAAAACGUACCUCGUUGAUCUACCUGUUUAGGCGGGCCUGCGUAAAACGGGGAGGAAAUUGCGACCACCGACCGAAGGACUGCUGCAACAGUUCCAGCUGCAGAUGCAACCUCUGGGGCACCAAUUGCCAAUGCCAGCGAGUAGGUUUCUUCCAGAAAUGGGGCUAAGAAGUAUCUUCCACGCUACGUACAUACUCUGAUGCACAAUUCAUAUGAUUUCAUUUUAUUUUCAUUCGUUCGAGGUUUCAGCUUUCAUCAUCCUACGACAUUUUUGUUAAAAGCGCUUCAGGAUGAUCGUCGAGUGCUUUCCUUUUAGCUCUACCAAUCCGUUACAAAUCAAAAUUAUAUCCAACUAACAGCCUACUCGAGUUCACACAAAGAAGAACAAAAAUAAAAUUCCAGAAAGAACGAAUCAAAAUGGUUGUCAACAGCAAACCUCGAAACGCGUGUUUGGAGAGGGUGUACUUGUCCAUUGAUAAAUUUUGAGAUCGUCUCGACAUUUUCUCUGCACGGUUGUUUCAAUUAUGACAUUUAUUAUAUCAACGAUGUUCAACAUUUGUCCUCUAUUUUCUCCUCUCAAUUCUAUCGUAUAUAUGUAGCUCCCUCGCGUGCAAUAUUCGAAUAACGAUCCUUUGUUUAUCAAUAUUUCUCUUCCUUCCAUCUUCUUGUUUUUCAAAACGUCCAAUAUGUACCGUCGUUUCCGCCCUUUUUCUUCCGGUUUCUACGAGUUAAUCUGUACUUUGAGGCCUUCCGCAAUCUGUUGUGAAUAAAGAAACCCCAUUGAAGCACAAAGGAAUAAAGGUGAACCAGGUUUCCAUCGUCUUCUUUGACGUUCCAUUGAUCUUCUUUCUUUUCUAUGUAGAAACAAACGCGACUACGUGUUUGGAAGGGAAUCGCGAUAAGACUUACGGAAACUAAAAAUCUUCGACCUAAGAAUCGUAGACUCGAAAGAACGAUGUAACGCGAGUGUGAAUUAUAUUUUAAGUACUUUACGCAGCGACACGAGUAAUUUAAAUUGACACACGUCUCCAUUCUAUAAGUACAAAUUUACUCGGUUACACGGCUAUAUUCGGUUAGUUAGUAAUUAUUUAUACACUAACGUUUUUAUUAAUAUAUAUAAUGCAAGCGGAAUUGGUUUCCGUUGAGUUCCUAUUUUAAGUUAUUCGACGAGACUGUAUUUGGUCUGUAAAUCGUGUCCGUAAUUGGUCGAUGUACACGAAGAUGAAUGAAAAUAAAUUGUAUAAAAGAAGCGUGCAAAAUACGUAGAUAUUAAACGAUGAAAAUUUUCGGUCAGUCUCGAUUCUCUGGUGUUUUGGUACAUGAUCUUUUCCGAUGGUGAAAAUCGUAAUUAAACGCUGUAUAAUUUCUUGGAGAAAUGGUUAACGGUAAAAUUUGCCGAAUACACCGUCCUCUGAUUGGUGUUCUUUCUAGCCACUUUUUUCAAUCAGACGACAGAGUAUUCCUACUUAAUCACUGUCGGGGAUGGUCAUGAUCCGAUAACGUAGAAUAAUUGAAAUUGUGACGUUAAUUUCCGAACCGUGAGCCGCAAGACACAUGUGUGCUCGGGAAACGAAAAAAAUGAAAA